CCAGACCCAGAAAAACAAAGAGGAAUAAAUAGUAAUAAUAAUAAAGGCAUAACGCAGGAAGGAGCCAUCCAUGAUCCAUCCACCAGCAUAGCUGGCCCAUUAUUGGCAUUGCAUAUUUGCAUCUCCUCCCUCCCACAUCAUCCAGGUCAAGGUCUCCAAUCUACCUACCGUCACCCUCUCUCCAGCGGGCUCAACCUCCAUUGCUGCAAGCAGAGUUUUGCUGACCUGAGUGCCCGGACUGAAGGCCCCUUCGUAGUCCGCCAGGGAGUCUCCAGCAGCAGAGAUGGCAGAAGCUGUGCUCCUUGCUCUCGCAAAGAUUGGUAGUGUUUUAGCAGAUGAAACUGCCAAGGCCAUGCUGGCCAAACUAUGUGAAAAGGUUAAUAAUUUGAGGGACCUGGAAGCCAAGAUCGAGCAAAUAAGGAUGCAACUGUCAGCCAUGAACAGUGUUAUACGAAAGAUUGGUACGGUAUACCUAACUGAUGAAGUUGUCAGGGGUUGGAUUGGGGAAGUCCGAAAGCUGGCCUACCGUGUUGAGGAUGUAAUGGACAAGUACUCAUAUCACACACUUCAAAUGGAGGAAGAAUGGUUCCUGAAGAAGUAUUUCAUUAAGGGAUCACAUUAUGUCUUAGUUUUUAGUCAAAUAGCAGAGGAGGUGGUCAAGAUCGAGAAGGAGAUCCAGAAUGUUAUAGAACUUAAAAAGGAGUGGUUGCAUCAUUCACAGCUUGCUCCUGACCAGUUUAUGGAGAUGGAAAGACAACGGUCCCAAGACAGCUUCCCCCUACUCGUCAGAGAUGAAGAUCUUGUGGGGAUUGAAGAUAACAGGAAAACACUCACAGAAUGGCUGUAUUCUGAUGAGCUUGACAGCACGGUGAUAACUAUAUCAGGUAUGGGCGGACUUGGAAAAACUACCCUUGUUACAAAUGUUUAUGAACGUGAAAAAAUCAACUUUCCUGCUUCUGCAUGGAUGGUUGUGUCCCAGACCUACACUAUGGAUGCUCUGCUUAGGAAGUUACUCAUGAAGCUUGGUGGUGAACAGCAGGUGUCACCUAAUAUUGACAAAUUGGACGUGUAUGAUUUGAAAGAAAACAUAAAGCAAAGGCUCAAAAAUAGGAAAUGUUUAAUUGUAUUGGAUGAUGUCUGGGAUCAGGAGGUGUACCUCCAAAUGUCUGAUUCAUUCCAAAAUCUCCAGGCAAGUCGCAUCAUCAUCACAACAAGGAAGAAUCAUGUGGCUGCUCUUGCUGACCCAACACGUCGCCUUGAUCUCCAGCCUCUGAGCAACACUCAUGCAUUUGAUCUCUUCUGCAGGAGAACAUUCUAUAACAAGAAGGACCACACAUGCCCCACUGAUCUUGUGAAGGUUGCUACUUCUAUAGUAGAUAGGUGCCAGGGCUUGCCACUAGCAAUUGUAUCGAUAGCUAGCCUAUUAUCUUCGAGGCCACGGACAUAUUACAUUUGGAAUCAAAUGUACAAUCAGCUUCGAAGUGAGCUAUCAAACAAUGAUCAUGUCCGAGCAAUUUUAAACCUGAGCUACCAUGAUCUAUCUGGAGACCUCAGAAAUUGCUUCUUGUACUGCAGCCUCUUCCCUGAAGAUUACCCUAUCUCACGUGAGAGCCUUGUGAGGCUUUGGGUUGCAGAAGGCUUUGUGGUUAGCAAAGAAAACAACACAUCGGAGGAGGUGGCUGAGGGAAACCUCACGGAACUAAUCCACCGCAAUAUGCUGGUAAUAGUGGAAACUGAUGAGCAGGGAAGGGUGAGUACUUGUACAAUGCAUGAUAUCGUGCGAGAUCUUGCCCUUGCUGUUGCAAAAGAGGAGAGGUUUGGCACUGCAAAUGACUAUAGAGCAAUGAUACUUAUGGAUAAGGAUAAGGAUGUUCGACGCCUAUCAUCUUAUGGAUGGAAAGAUAAUACAUCACUAAAAGUUAAACUUCCACGUCUUCGAACUCUAGUGUCACUUGGAACUAUUUCAUCCUCCCCAGACACGUUAUUGUCAAUUUUGACUCAAUCCAGCUACCUAACUGUUCUUGAGCUACAAGAUUCUGAAAUUACUGAAGUGCCAGCAUCUAUAGGAGCUCUGUUCAACCUACGUUACAUUGGCCUGCGCCGUACCAAGGUCAGAUCACUCCCUGAUUCUGUUGAGAAGCUCUUGAACCUCCAGACUCUAGACAUCAAACAAACAAAAAUAGAGAAACUGCCACGAGGGAUCUCUAAGGUUAAGAAGCUACGGCACCUUUUAGCUGACAGAUAUGCUGAUGAGAAGCAGACAGCAUUCCGGUACUUUAUUGGAAUGCAAGCACCUAAAGAUCUGUCGAACUUGGUAGAACUUCAGACUCUUGAGACUGUGGAAGCCACCAAGGACUUGGCUGAACAGCUGAAGAAACUGUUGCAGCUAAGGACUGUGUGGAUUGACAACAUUAGUGCUGCUGAUUGUGCAAAUAUUUUUGCCUCCCUAUCAAAUAUGCCACUCCUUUCCAGCUUGCUUCUUUCUGCAAAGGAUGAAAAUGAGGCACUUUGCUUUGAGGCUCUCAAACCUAAGUCGACAGAACUUCAUAGGUUGAUUAUCAGAGGGCAAUGGGCUAAGGGAACCCUGCAGUGCCCGAUAUUUCGAGGCCACGGGAGACAUCUCAGGUAUUUAGCUCUAAGCUGGUGUCAACUUGGGGAAGAUCCAUUGGAGAUGCUCGCUCCACACUUGCCAAACCUCACAAAUCUGAGACUUAACAACAUUCAUAGUGCAAAGACUUUAGUUCUUCCUGAAGGAUCAUUUCCCAACCUGAAGAUGCUUGUCUUAAGGCAAAUGCCUAAUGUCAACCAGCUGGUGAUAGGAAAAGGUGCCCUCCCAUGUAUUGAAGGCCUGUACAUUGUGUCACUGGUGGAUCUGGAUCAGGUCCCUCAUGGCAUCGAAUCGCUUCACUCCCUGAAGAAGCUCUGGCUGGUGAACCUGCACAGGGGCUUUCUAACUCAGUGGAACAAGAGUGGGAUGCACCACAAGAUGCAGCAUGUUGUAGAGAUUCGUGUUUAGGCUGCAUUACUAUUCUUCUAUGCAUGUAGUACUUGCAACCAUCUCCAACAUAUUGUUACUCAGUCAUUCACAUCGUCGGCAGUGCUCCACACUUCAAUCUGAAUCAUAUUAAUGGUGACAGUAGCACAACUUAAUAAUUGUGAAAUGUUUUUGUUCAAUGUCUUGGGAAGCUGGCCUGAAUAUUUGUGCUGCCUAUUCAGUUGCUCUCUGCUUGAUUUUAUUGUAAGAACAAGUGCCAUAUGAAUUCAACUUGUUUUUGUCAAUAAUGCAUUCAAUAUUUUUCAUCUC